AUGAGAGGAUACGAAGCCAUCAAGUACCCUUUAUUCAUCUGCUGCUACGUCUUCUGGGUUGUGAGCGCCGUCCUCACAGCGGUAGGGAUCUAUGCCAAGAUUGCAAAGGAGAAAGGGCUGCGUGACACCCUGACUUUGGAUCCAGCUCUGCUCCUGAUCGUUGUUGGAUCGGUAAUGUUUCUCAUCACGUUCCUUGGAUGUUUCCGCAGCGUCUUCUGUUGUUUGCUCCUGCAGUUUCUGGGGAUCCUGACAGCUGUCCUCAUCCUGCAGAUCGCUGCUGGGGUUUCUUACAGACCUCUAUCGGGAUACCUUUUCACUGACAUGGUGAUGGAGAGGACAGAGAGGCUGAUGAUGAAGGCCAUCGUCCGCUACAGGGAGGACCAGGACCUGGAGAACGCCAUCGACUUCAUUCAGAAGAAGUUUCAGUGCUGUGGAGUUGAGAGCUAUAAGGACUGGUCCCAUAACGUCUACUUUGAGUGUUUGGACACAAACCCCAGUCUGGAGGCCUGUGGAGUUCCCUUCUCCUGCUGCGUUAACCUACAGAACCAGACGGUGCUGAACACCAUGUGUGGUUAUGGGAUGCAGCAGCUGGAUGAGCCUACGGCCGGUCUCGACAUCUUCCCCAUCGGCUGCCUGGAGAAGAUCAUCUGGUGGGCCAAAAACAACCUGCUGCUGGUGGCCGGUCUGACCGCCGGCCUGCUGCUGCUCGAGGUCUGCAUGAUCUGCCUGGCUGCAGCUCAAAUCUCCAGGAUAAAGAAAGCCGAGCGGCUUAAGAACCCAAAUGCACCCAGAAGUCGGUCAGAGAGAAAGCACAGCUAAUGGUAUCCUCCUUUUGCAGACUUCAAUGACCGUGAUGGUGGAGACGGAGAUGAAUAA